GAAACACAAAGGGGCGUUACCAGGGGGCGUGGUCUCGACUCAGCUCGACCCAGUUUGAAAGUGAACUAACGGCUCCGGUCGCAGCUUCUGUCCCUUAACAACAACAACAACCGAUUAAAACCGGACACCUAGUCCCGGUCCUCCUAACCCCUGCCGGCCCGCUUACCGAGCCGUCACCAUGAUGCGUAAAGACCUCAACAAGCCCAAGGGGAAGACGUCAGCGUACGCCUUCUUCGUCCAGACGUGUCGAGAGGAGCACCGGAAGAAGAACCCAGAACAGUCCGUCAACUUCGCUGAGUUCUCCAAGAAAUGUUCUGAGAGGUGGAAGGCCUUGUCCCCCACUGAGAAGAAGCGUUUUGAGGACAUGGCCAAGGCCGACAAGGUGCGCUACAACCGUGAGAUGAGCGACUACGUUCCCCCUAAAGGCUUUGGGAAGAGAGGCCGUAAGAGGAAAGACCCCAACGCCCCCAAGAGACCCCCGUCAGCGUUCUUCGUGUUCUGCAGCGAGUACCGGCCCAGUGUCAAGCAGCAGUACCCGGGUCUGUCCAUAGGAGACUGUGCCAAGAAGCUGGGAGAGAUGUGGAGCAAGCUGUCCCAGUCUGAGAAGCUGCCGUACGAGGAGAAGGCCCAGAAGCUGAGGGAGAAGUACGACCGGGACAUGGUGGCGUACCGCGGAGGAGGAACCUACGCCAGGAACCCAGACUCCUCAGCUCAGGGAGGAGAGGAGGAGGAUGAAGAAGGGGAGGAUGAGGAGGAGGAGGACGACGAGUAGAGCGAGAGCAAACGUGUGUGUGUGUGUGUGUGUGUGUGUGUGUGUGUGUGUGUGUGUGUGUGUGUGUGUGUGUGUGUGUGUGUGUGUGUGUGCAGGUGUGUGUGUGGGUGUGUGUGUGUGUGUGUGUGUGGGGGUGUGUGUGUGUGUGUGUGUGGGUGUGUGUGUUUCAGACAGGUGAGUGGGUGGAGCUUCGCUCCAGUUCAGAAACAUCCCUCGAUCCAGAUCUGUAGGGAUGAAGGCUUACUCCUGUUUCCAUGGUGACAGCAGGGCCGCUCAUCUGGGCUGAUGUGCAGGAUGAACAAUGGCGUGUAGAGGAACAAGAUCCGCACACUUCUAUCUGUGGAGAUGUAUUUAUUCUCAAGCUUUCGGCCAACAGACCUUCACCGGCAGUUGUGGUGCUCAUGCUGAGUUCCUGCUAAAGGAGAACAGCUGUCAGGUCCACACAGCAAGGCAUUAUGGGGGAUGGAGUCCCUUUCACAUAACCGUGCCUUGACACAAGAAGUUACACGAUGUUAUAAAAACACUUCCAGAUCAUCCAUCUGCAGAAAGAGAUGACUGCAGCCAUCGAGCUGGAAAAGCCGCCCUAGAGCAAGGCAGUGAGGUCACCAUAUGUAUUAUAGUCAGAGAAAUCCAGACACGUCAAGGUCCUCGUGCAGUCCCAGCGGUCGGGCUGCAUUAAGGUGCAGGUCCACACCCGGUCCCUAUGUUACCUCCUCUGUGUGAAGAGAGCGGUUCCGUCCGCUGGAACCCGUGAACAAUCAUGGGACUGACGUGCUGCUGGAUGGUUCCGAUCCUUCCGUCUGACUGAGCUCUUCUGUUCACUGAGUCUAAGUGGUCCACUUGUUCUACCUAUAGAGACUUUAUCACAGGGACUUUUCAACGUACCGAUGACAUUGUUUGAAUCACGCGUAAGAAUCCCCCGUACAAGAAAUCUUCUUCCUGUUCCAGGAUGUGGAACUUCAGCAGUUUUCACAGUAGGGUGACGCUGAGCCGUUCCCACAGGGGUCAGUCCAACCCGCAGAGGGGCGGGGUGUUGGCUCUCACCACUCCAUCUGGUAUAUUUGGAGCUCUCUUGUGAACGAAUGAAGGUGAAGCACACCUUGUAGGGAUGGUCCACCACCAGCAUGUGCAGAGGCUUUCAAACGGUCUGAGCCUGGGUUAGGGUUAGGUACGGCUUCAGCAGGAUGAGGUCCAGAUCAGAUGUUUGGGUGUCAGACCCAAGCCCAGCUGAUGGUUCUGUCUCUACCCAGUUACUGGUUAUUUAUUAGUAACUAGUUACAGAUUACUUACUGGUAACCAGUUACACGUUAAUCAUUAGUAACUACUCACAAGUUGACAAUUGAUAACUAGUUAUGGGUUAAUUAUUAGUAACUAGUUCCUGCUUAAUUAUUUGUAAGUACUUACAAGUAGUUAUUGGAAGUUAGUUACUGAUUAAUUACUAGUAAUUAAAGGCAGUAAUUCUUAACUAAUUACAAGUUAGUCAUUGGUAACUAGUUACAAUCAGUUCUUGGUAACUAAUUACAAGUUAGUUUUUGGUAACUAGUUACCAAAUAAUUACAAGUUACUUAUUAGUAACUAAUUACAGGCUAGUUGUUAGUAAUCCAGCAAUCCUCUAAUUGCUGGUGAACCCACUCUACCUCCUGAGCCACUGCUGUCCUUUAGUAAUUAGUAACUAGUUACUGGUUAGUUAUUAGUAACUAGUUACAGAUAAACAGGUUAAUAUGUAGAACAGCAGCAGGUGGAAACAUUUAAAGACAGGAUGUGAGGUCCAGUUGGUUUACAUGAAAAUGGGUGGGGCCUACAACCUUUAGGGGGGGGGUGAGGGGGGGGAUGUCUUGAGGUUGACCAGGAAGUCCUCAGCAGGGUCACCCAGGAGGUGUUCGUUUCUGAUGGGUGGAAGGAAGCAGGUCUGUCUGGAACACACACUGUGUGUGUGUGUGUGUGUGUGUGUGUGUGUGUGUGUGUGUGUGUGUAUGUGUGUGUGUGUGUGCGUGUGCGUGUGCGUGUGUGUGUGUGUGUGUGUGCGUGUGUUUGUGUGUGUGUGUGUGUGUGUGCGUGUGCGUGUGUGUGUGUGUGUGUGUGUGCGUGUGUGUGUGUGUGUGUGUGUGCGUGUGCGUGUGCGUGUGUGUGUGUGUGUGUGCGUGUGUUUGUGUGUGUGUGUGUGUGUGUGUGUGUGUGCGUGUGCGUGUGUGUGUGUGUGCGUGUGUGUGUGUGUGUGUGUGUGUGUGAAACUGUCCAACACCAGAUUAUCCUACAUCACCCCUCCUCCCACUCACUGUCACCAUGGUUCCCCUGCACCCUCCUCCUCCUCUCUGCCAUGGUUUCCAUGGAAACCCAGUCCUGGUUCAUCAUGUUUCUGUUUUUUCUUCACUGUCAGUAAAAAGUUCAUCUUUUAUAAUAAAACUACAAACUCUGA